AUGGGAAAAUUAUUGAGUCUUUUGUCUCGGGAUGACUCGAAUUGUUGUUCAUCGCCGCGGUAUGAUAUAUUUUUGGAUUUUGAGAACGCCGCGCCCACGGACACUGAACGCGAUGUUUAUGAAGAGGUGCAAAGGGUGCUGCUUGACUCAGAGAAAAUACUCGAGGAGAUACAGUGUUACAAGGGAGCGGGGAAAGAGAUACGAGAAGCUAUAGCAGACCCAUCGAGGAUAUCACAGGAGCGAGCCUGGCGCGCCGUGCGUCCACUCGUGGACAAACUCCUGCGCUGCUACAAUCACUCUCUGCAAUUGCAGCGGGUAGUCCCACGGUUGCUGGGCUCGCUAGUGGGCGGGGCGAUGAGUCCCACGCAGCACCUUGAACAACAGCAAGCUCUCGUCAAACAGUUCGCAGAAAUUUUAGAAUUUGUGCUCAAAUUCGAUGAAUAUAAAAUGAAGACACCAGCGAUACAAAACGACUUUAGUUACUACAGACGAAGCGUUUCGAGAGGCGGGCUGAUUAACGCAGAGCUACCUCCUGGAGAGGAGCCUCACAUAACGGCAGAGGUCGCCAACAGAAUGUCCCUCUUCUACGCACAAGCCACGCCGAUGUUAAAGGUGCUAUCAGAAGCCACCAGCCAGUUCGUGAAUGAUAACCAGCAAGACUUGGAAAAUACGACGGAAACCCUCAGCACCAUGGCUAAAGUCUGCCUCAGGAUGUUGGAGAACCCGAAAUUGGUCGCACAGUUUAGUCGCGAAGAGACGUCGCUGCUAGUACUGCGCGUGAUGGUGGGGCUCAUCAUCCUGUACGACUGGGUCCACCCGUCCGGUGCCUUCUGCCGCUCCUCGUCCGUGGACGUGAAGGGCUGCGUCAAGUUCCUGCAGCAGCAGCCCCCCACUAAGGCGGAGCCCCUGCUGAACGCGCUGAGGUAUACGACGAAACAUUUGAACCACCAGUCGACGCCGAAGAACAUCAGGACGCUGCUGGCUGCGUGA